UCUUCCGCGUCCAAUGCAUCCUGAAUGAAGUACAGGUACUGUUGUGAUACCAGUUACCGAAGGCACAUGGAUAAGGACAGCUUUCGCAAAUGUGAAACUCGCAUACAUUAGCUUUCGACUGCAGCGUGUAUAAGUACAUACGUUUAUAGUUAAUUUGAUAGAAAACCGUGCAGCUAUGAGAGAGGAGAAAGUAACAGGGGCACGGAGCCAGGGCCCCUUCGCCUUGGUGAGACACCUGACAGCAAGGAUUGGAGCGCAUCCACCCGCGGUGGCUUACGCGAUGACAACUGUUGGGGCGAGCAUGAUGAACAGCAUAUUCAGCUUCUACUAUGUCAAGCUCUUCUUAAACAAGUACAAAAUAUCAGAGGGAGCCUUCCACCAAUCUCAAGUAGUCUACAUGAUUUGGAAUGCGCUGAACGACCCCUUGUUUGGGUACAUGCAGGACAACUCUCGAAUGCCUUGCUGUUCUCGCCGGCGGCUCUCCAUCCUCUAUGGUGCUCCCUUUUACGCCCUGGCUUUCCUGCUGGCCUGGUUCCCCUGGCGGGCCUACCAGUCAGGGGACUGGCUCAGCGGCUUGCACCUGAUGGUGACCCUUUGCGCCUUUGAUGGCAUGCUGACCUUCGUUAUGCUGGCCCAGUGCGCUCUCUUCGCCGAGAUCUCGUCCCAGCACCAGAACAGGCUCCGGCUGAUCCAGUACAGCCAGGUGGCUUCCCUGGUGGGCUCGUCCAGCGUGCUGUUCUGCGGCCUCAUCUCUCACAACAUGGAGGACUUUGGCGCCUUCCAGGCCUUCUGCGUGUUAGUGGCCAUGCUGGCCUGUGGCUGCAUGCUCUACACUGGCCUCAACAGCGAGAGCCGCUUCGACAGCAAGACCCAUCCAGACGGCUCUUCCUCGUCCUCUCCCUCCUCCCAGCCACAGCUCUCCCUGGCCUCGGUGGUCUCCAUGACAUUGCAGAUCCUCAUCAACAGGGACUUCCAGCUCUUCGUGCUCAUGAACUUCUUCCAGGUCUUCAUGGUGGCCUUCUGCAGUAACUUCACCAUGAUCUUCGCCGAGCACCUCAUCCCGCCAGACGUGUUGCCCUCGUUGGCCAAGAGCCUCAUGUACGGGGCCGCCUUCAUCUGCCCGCAGAUACUGGUUCUGAGCAGCCAGAGGCUGCUGCAGCGGUACGGCUAUUACAGGCUGAUCCUGCUGACCUUUUAUGUAGAGGCAGGGGGAGCCGCCAUCAUGCUGCUGCUGGGCCGCCACCACUAUUACCUGCUGGCCUUCUUCCUCACCGCCAACAUGGUGUUGGUCCAGGCUGCCUUCAGUCUCUUUAACUUACCUCUGGCAGACAUCAUCGACUCAGACCUCCAGAGAUACAAGCGCAGUACUCCUCUGUCGUCCAUGGUUUUUGGGACCAAUGCCUUAUUCACUAAACCUGCACAGUCACUGUCACCCAUGCUGGUCGUCUAUAUUCUGAACCAGUAUGGCUACGAAAGUUUAAAGGAUGCUGCGCAAGCCACGGACCCAAGUGUACUGCAGCCCUUAUAUGGAGCCAUGUUCUACCUGGUGUGUUUGGUUCCCUUGAGUGUCUCUGCACUGCAAGUCUUGGCAUGGCAGCCAUUCUCCAUCAGAAACAGUCACACCAUCGACUCCAAGUAUAUUGAUGGCUGACAAGGCGAUAAUUCUUUCCCAUUUUCAGUUCAGGGCUGAACGUGCUGUAGGCAGUACACAGGAAAUGCUCACUGGAUGAAUGUAGAAGAACGUGAGACCAUGAGGUUUUUCAACCCUGUUGAAACGUGAUGGUAGUGAGUGUUGUUAUAUCCUCCUUACGGUGGCAGUUUCUGUUUGUCUUUCCUUUAUAAUGUAGGUAUUCAAAUUGGGUUUAGUCAGUGGGGACCUAGCUGGUGCAUUAGCCCAAUGUUUGACAGUAACUGGUACCAAAGGGAUGGACUUUAUCUUUGCCAAUUGAGAAU